AUGUAUGGAGAAAUAGGGAACAAAUUGGUUCAACAUGCCAAAAGAACUCAAAAACUCGAACACCUUCCUCCAUAUCAGACUGAGAUGGUCCGCGCAGUCACCAGAGAAGUUAGAGACUUGGACAAAGAUGCUUCAAAUAUUCUACAAUCGAUCAAUGGCUCUUUCGAUCCAUCUGCCGACCCUGCGACAGCAUGCACUCUCCUCGUUGACCACUUGUGUAUGCGAAGAAACAAACGAUGUCUUCUCGCAUAUCAUCGUACACGAACAGACAAGCUUGAAGAUAUGGUAUGGAAUGGUAGCGAUGUUCUGGAUCUGGCUGCACAACAACACCGAGUUCCAAACGAGGGGCAGAAUGGAGGAGCAGAUUUAGGAAGUUGUGAGGGGAAUACAAGUAGUCUAAGCCCAGAAGAGGAGGAAUAUGUGAGGCAAUAUAGCGAUUUACUCGCUGCGUUCAAAGGUCAUUGGACUGAUAUUGAUCUUACUGGAAGUCUUGAACCCCCGAGGGAUUUGUUUAUUGACGUUCGGGUCCUCAAGGAUGCUGGAGAAAUUCAGACAGAAUAUGGUACCAUCAACCUUACCAAGAAUUCACAAUUCUAUGUUCGCCAAGGCGACGUUGAACGCUUGAUCACACAAGGAUACCUUCAAAAACUCAGCUAA